UGCGCGGUGCGGCGGGGGUUGGGGCCGGCCGUGCAGAAUGCGGCGGAGGUGGUGAGGCCCCCGCGGGGAGGGGGCGGGAGGAGGGCGAGGCACUUAUAAAUGGCGCCCAAGCAGGACCCCAAGCCCAAAUUCCAGGAGGGUGAACGAGUGCUUUGUUUUCAUGGACCUCUCCUUUAUGAAGCAAAGUGUGUAAAGGUUGCCAUAAAAGACAAGCAAGUGAAAUACUUUAUUCAUUACAGUGGUUGGAAUAAAAACUGGGAUGAAUGGGUUCCAGAAAGCAGAGUGCUCAAAUACGUGGAUACCAAUUUGCAGAAACAAAAAGAACUUCAAAAAGCCAAUCAGGAACAAUAUGCAGAGGGGAAGAUGAGAGGUGCUGCUCCAGGCAAGAAGACAUCUGGUCUGCAGCAGAAAAAUGUUGAAGUAUUUUUCAGACGAGAUGGAGCGCAUACUGUUUGCUGUUUGGAGACCCCUACCAUAUCGACGCGGAAAACAAAAAAGAACAAGCAGAAAACUCCUGGAAUUGGAGAGGGGAGCAGUAGCAGUGAGACUCCUCAGCCUCCUAGGAAGAAGAGGGCACGAGUAGAUCCAACAGUUGAAAGUGAAGAAACAUUUAUGAACAGAGUUGAAGUAAAGGUGAAAAUCCCGGAAGAGUUGAAACCGUGGUUGGUAGAUGACUGGGACUUGAUCACCAGGCAAAAACAGCUUUUCUAUCUUCCUGCCAAGAAGAACGUUGACUCUAUUUUAGAGGAUUAUGCAAACUACAAGAAAUCUAGAGGGAAUACUGAUAACAAGGAGUAUGCAGUCAAUGAAGUUGUGGCUGGAAUUAAAGAAUACUUCAAUGUCAUGCUGGGAACACAACUGCUGUACAAGUUUGAGAGGCCCCAGUAUGCUGAAAUCUUAGCAGAUCAUCCAGAUGCUCCCAUGUCUCAAGUCUACGGUGCCCCACAUCUGCUGAGGCUGUUUGUUCGGAUUGGAGCUAUGCUUGCUUACACACCUCUUGAUGAGAAGAGUCUGGCUUUGCUGUUAAACUAUUUGCAUGACUUCUUAAAGUACUUAGCAAAGAAUUCCUCCGCGCUGUUCAGUGCCAGCGACUACGAAGUGGCCCCUCCUGAGUACCAUCGGAAAGCAGUAUAGUGCUGUGCUGCUCUGCAAGGAAGCCUGGGAUCCUCGUCGUGCUUCUCCAUCUUGUUCUUCACAUCUUUCUAUUGCACAUGUCCUCUUCUGCACAGACUGUGAACAUAAAGUGAAUAAAGUUGUGUGUUGAGUAUGGAGCUGCCGUUUGUAAGUUCUGAAAUCUUUCUUGUACUGAAAUGGAAGAUUUAUUGGAAACUCUUUGGUGUUUCUGGCUUGCUGUUUGCAUCACUGGAAUGUAAAAAGAGUGCAGGUAUGGUAUUCAUUGUAUAAACUCUUCAGUGCUCACAGGUCUGAUUUGCCUGACUAACCUUCAUGGCACAGUGAUGGCAAACCCAGGCUCGGACCCGUGAGGUUUGUGAUCACCCAGUGUUGGUGCUAUUGGUCUGACUCUCAAACCCAUUUACUUUCUUGGUGUUGAAAGUAAAAUGUUUGGUCUGUAAAUGUAUGCUUUUGUUAGUUGAAUUGUAAUUUUUUUAUUUUCUAACAGUAGGAAAAUGUGUUAUCCUAUAGUAGUGUCUUGGGAAUGUUGGUCUUUCACAGAGCUGUUUUAUGAAUCUUCAAAUAAACUUUUUUAAUUUCAA